AUGCCUGCUUUUAUCGAGUCCCCCGAGACCAAAGCCCAAGCAGCUGCGGAUAUUUCAGGGAUGCCAGCGACAGAGCUUCCGGAACUUGUUGUGAAAACAGAUGAGAUCCGCAGUAGUACCAAUGGCCAUACGAAUAGUCACACCACAGACCCCUUCAAACUCAGUCAGGAGUUUGCGUAUACGCCACGCAAGAUCAAGGUCAUUACCAUUGGAGCCGGCUUCUCUGGUCUUCUGAUGGCACACAAAUUUCAACACCGGUUCCCCGAGAUGGAAGACAUUGUAGAACACACCAUCUUCGAGGCUCGGAGCGAUAUUGGCGGCACAUGGUUGGCGAACAACUAUCCCGGAGUUCAAUGCGAUGUUCCCGCUCAUAUUUACGCAUUUCCCUUUGACCCCAAUCCCGACUGGGAGAGGUUCUAUGCCAGUGGCGGUGACAUUCUAGCUUAUAUGAAAGCGACAGUCAGGAAAUGGAACCUCGAUCGUGACUUGAGACUGAAUACUCGGGUGAUCGGGGCGGAGUGGCAGGAUGACUUAGGUCAAUGGAGAGUUACGGUAGAACAUGAGGGUGUUCCAAGAGAGGAAUACUGUCAUGUCUUGAUCUCAGCUCAAGGAGUCCUUGUACACGAAUCAUGGCCAAAGAUCCCCGGUCUGAAAGACUUCAAGGGCCAUACAACCCACUCAGCCAGCUGGGAUCACGACUUUGACUACUCCAACAAACGCAUAGCCGUGAUCGGUAACGGCUCAUCGGGUAUUCAAAUCGUUCCCCAGAUGGUUAAACUACCUGGCACGGAUGUUACCAAUUUCGUCCGAGGUCCGGCCUGGGUUUUCUACCGGGCCCCUCCCUCGAAACACUUGGGUCGAGAAGAUGACGAUCCCAAUCCUCGAUAUUCAGCUCAAGACAGAGAACGAUUUCAAGACCCGGAGCUUCAUUUACAGCACCGCAAGGGCAUUAUCUCACGAACCAACAAGUCCUUCUAUGUCUUUAGAAAAGGAGAGAACAAUGAGGCAGGAAUGAAGAUGGCGGCCGAGCAGAUGGCCGAGAAGCUUGGACACGAUCCAGUUCUGUGCUCCAAGUUGAUACCGAAGUGGGAACUAGGCUGUCGUCGCAUAACGCCAGGUCCAGGAUAUCUGGAAUCGUUCCUGAGACCGAACUGCCACCUUACGGAUAGUGCUAUCACGCAAGUGACAGAGAAGGGUCUCCGGACGGCUGAUGGUAAGGAGCAUGAGGUAGACGUCAUCAUCUACGCGACCGGUUUCGAUGUCUCAUUCCGGCCCCGGUAUCCUAUUGUUGGCCUCAAUAACAUCGACCUCCGAGAACAGUGGAAGGAAGACCCUGAAGCAUAUCUCUCAGUCUCCGUACCAUCAAUGCCCAACUACUUUAUGAUGAUGGGUCCCAAUUGCCUUGGUGGCCAUGGUUCACUCGUAGAGUCCCUCAACUGGACAGGCGACUACUUCGUCAAGUGGAUCAAGAAGAUGGCAACUGAGGAUAUCAAGUACGUCGUUCCGAAGAAGGAAAAGGUUGAUGCCUUUAUCAAGUACUGUGAUCAAGUCCACAAGACUCUUGUUUGGAGCGGUGGUUGCACGAGUUGGUACAAGAGAGGCAGAGUUGAUGGUCGAGUCACGGCGCUUUUCGGUGGAAGUGCUCACCUUUUCAACCGUAUGCUUGGAGACAUUCGUGCGGAAGACUAUGAUAUCACGUACAACACGCCAAACCCCUUCAGAUUUAUGGGUAAUGGGUUUACGGCUUUCGAGAUGGAUCCUGAGAGCGAUCUCUCUUGGUAUGUGGAGAAAGCAGAAACACUUAGGUGUUAA